AUGGAAGGAAGAGGAAAUCAGCCUACAACAUCGGAGUCAAGGAGCAACAGUCGCUCUCGUUCUCGCUCUUCUAGAAGGCACCAUUCCAGUCGUAGUCGUUAUUCCUCUCACCGUCAUCAUCGACGCAGUUCAUCGCGUCGCUAUAGUCCAUCUUAUUCGAGAAGCCGAAGUAGUAGUAGACGAUAUCACCGUCGUCACCACUCUUCUGAAAGAAGUCGAUCUCGUUCUAACUCGAGCUAUCGAGGCCAUUCUUCUAGACAUGGCGAUUCUUAUUAUUCUUCGAACAGAAGAUCAUCGGGCGGCUAUAGUUCGUCGCAUCCUUCCUAUUCUGAUGCUCCAGUUGAUACACGUCGGUAUGAGAGCGCGUAUCAUGGAGGCCGCUCCUACGAUGACAAUUCCUUUGCAGGUGCUCAUCUGAAAGACAUUCAGUGGGACAUGAACCAGCUCAUCAAGUUCGAAAAGAACUUUUACCAUGAACACCCCGCCAUCACGAAGAUGCCCGACUCUGAAGUGGAGCAGUGGCGUCAUGACAACCAAAUCAUUUGUCAAGGCGAAAACAUUCCCAAGCCCGUUCUAUCUUUCGAUGUUUCACCCUUCCCUGCCGAUGUUCUCGAUGUGAUUCACCGAGCAGGCUUCAAAGCCCCCACUCCCAUCCAAUCGCAGGGCUGGCCCAUGGCUCUUUCCGGUCGCGACGUGGUCGGCAUUGCCGCUACUGGCUCGGGCAAAACCUUGGCGUUCAUUCUCCCCGCCAUCAUCCACAUCCGCGCCCAGCCCAUGCUGCGGCCGGGCGACGGUCCGAUCUGUUUGGUGCUGUCCCCCACGCGCGAGCUGGCCAAUCAGACGCAGGAGGAGUGCGCACGGUUCGGAACCUCGAGCGGAAUUCGGAACACCUGCGUGUAUGGAGGCGUGCCGCGCCGGCAGCAAGCCUACGAUCUGCGUCGAGGCGCGGAGAUCGUGAUUGCGACGCCGGGCCGUUUGCUGGACUUCUUGGAGUCGGGCGUGACGAACCUGCGCCGCGUGACGUAUCUGGUGAUGGACGAAGCAGACCGCAUGCUCGACAUGGGAUUCGAGCCGCAGAUCCGAAAGAUCGUCUCGCAGAUCCGACCGGAUCGGCAGACUUUGAUGUGGUCUGCGACCUGGCCGAAGGAGGUGCAGGCGCUGGCUCGCGAUUUCCUGACGAAUCCGAUCCAGGUGAACAUUGGCUCGCUGGACUUGAAGGUGACCGACCACGUGAAGCAGGUGAUCAAAUGCGUGACGGAGGGGCAGAAGCUGGACGAAACGCUGAAGAUCCUGCGGUCCAAGAACCCGGAAUCGCGCUGUAUCAUCUUCACCCAGUCCAAGCGCGGCGCGGACGAGCUGACGCGCAUUCUGCGGCAGCGAGGAUUCAACGCGUUGGCGAUCCACGGAGAUAAGGAGCAGCGCGAGCGUGAUUUCGUGCUUCACGAGUUCAAAUCAGGUCGCGUGACGAUUAUGGUGGCGACCGAUGUGGCGUCGCGUGGUCUGGACGUGAAGGAUAUCCGCGUGGUGAUCAAUUACGACUUCCCGUCCUGCGUGGAGGAUUAUAUCCAUCGCGUGGGACGAGCGGGACGCAAGACGGCGGACGGAUACAGCGAGGGAAUGGCGGUGUCGUUCUUCACGGACACGUCGGCGAAGGUAACACGCGAACUCAUCAAAGUGCUGCGAGAAGCCCAUCAGGAUGUGCCUCCCGAGCUGGAACGUUAUGCGUUUUCUUCGUAUGGAGGAAAUGGAGGAGGUCGAUAUGGAGGAAGCCGCUAUGGAGGAGGAGGCGGCGGAUAUCGUGGGAAUUACGGAAUGACUGGGAGCAACAAUGUUCCGAUUGGGAGAGAUUAUUGAAUGUAUCUUUAAAUUG